UUAAGUAGAGAAAAGAAAAAGAAGAUGGUUUUGGAAAAUCGCGAUCGAGUAUUUCCAUCUGAAGAUCUUGUUGCUCACGAUGGGUAUCAUGUUUCGAUAGAUACCGGAGAAUCACGUUUGCGCCAACUUGGUUACAAGCAAGAACUGAAUCGUAGUCUUUCGGUGAUAUCCAACUUCGCGUUUUGUUUUGCGAUAAUAUCAGUGCUUCAAGGAAUAACUACACUCUAUAGUCAGGGUUUAAACUAUGGGGGUCCAAUCAGUAUGAUAUAUGGAUGGCUUAUAGCUGGUUUCCUCACAAUGUUUGUUGGUUUAAGCAUGGCUGAGAUUUGCUCUUCUUACCCUACCUCUGGUGGCCUUUAUUACUGGAGUGCUAUGCUUGCCGGCCCUCAAUGGGCUCCUUUUGCUUCUUGGUUGAUUUGCUGGUUUAACAUGGUUGGUCAGUGGGCUAAUACAACAAGCGUGGAUUUCUCGCUUGCCCAAGUAAUUCAAGUUAUAAUUCUACUUAGCACAGGAGGAAAGAAUGGUGGUGGUUAUUUAUGUUCCAAGUAUGUAUUAAUAUGCAUCUAUGGAGGAAUUUUGUUCAUCCAUGGUGUCAUAAACCUUCUCCCCAUCAAAUUAUUGUCAGUUCUGGGGAAAAUUGCAGCUGCAUGGAAUGUCAUUGGUGUUUUUGUACUUAUGAUUCUAGUUCCAACUGUUUCUACUAAACGUGCAAGUGUUGAAUUUAUCUCAAACCACUUCAACACUGAUAAUGGGGUUGGGAUUCAUAGCAAACCGUACAUAUUUGUUCUUGGGCUUCUGAUGAGCAAUUAUACCCCUGCUGGCUAUGAUGCAUCUGUUCAUUUGGUAGAGGAAACAAAGAAUGCAGAUAGAAAUGGACCAAAAGGAAUAAUAAGUGCUAUUGUGGUGUCCUUCAUUGUUGGAUGGGGAUAUCUACUUGGUAUCACUUUUGCAGUCACUGACAUUCCACACCUCCUGAACCCUGACAAUGAUGCUGGUGGUUACGCAGCUGCACAGUUGUUCUAUGAUGCUUUCAAGAGUAGAUAUGGAAGUGGAGUUGGUGGUAUCAUUUGCUUUGGAGUUGCUGGCAUUGCUGUAUUUUUCUGUGGCAUGGGUACAAUAACUAACAACUCUAGAAUGGUAUAUGCAUUCUCAAGAGAUAGCGCAAUGCCAUAUUCAUCAGUCUGGCAUAAAUUGAACAAAAAUGAAGUACCUGUUAAUGCAGUCUGGCUUUCAGUUUGCAUAUCAUUCUGCAUGGCACUAACGUCACUGCUGAGCUCAGUGGCAUUUGAAUCUAUGGUGUCGAUAGCAACGGUCGGGAUCAACAUUUCUUAUGCAAUACCAAUCUUUUAUAGGGUUACAGUAGCACACAAAUCGUUUAUCCGAGGACCUUUUAACUUGGGAUGCUAUGGGACGGUUGAAGGUUGGAUUGCAGUUCUUUGGGUUGCUACAAUUACUGUUCUGUUCUCUUUACCAGUCGCAUAUCCUAUUGCAAGGGAUACUUUCAACUACACUCCAGCUGCGAUCGGUGGUCUAAUUGUCUUUGUUGUUUCUUGGUGGAUAUUAGAUGCUAGGUAUUGGUUCAAAGGUCCUAUAACCAACAUAGAUACUACUACAAGAACUAAUUGAUGUCAAAUUUGGUUUUUCUUUGUCGGACUUGAAUAAUUUGAAAAUGUAAAUGUCUGACUUCAAUAAUUUGAUCAAUAUUCACUACAAGAAUGCUACUUGUUUGCUGCA